GUCAGCGGAGCUGGCUGGGAUGUAAUAAUGAAAUUUAUGUCUGCAUAACGCUGAUUUAUGUACGCUAAUGAGCUUUUUAAUUAGUUAAUGCACGUGCGGGGUGCGGGGGGCGGUAAUUUAAGGAAUUAAUUAUGAAAAACUAGCCAGGCCAAAUAAGCCAUUUUGCCUUUUCUCUCAUAAUCAAGUCAGAUCUUAGACAUCCAUAUACCUGUGGGAUUUCCGUAUUGGAAUUUUGAACAUUUGCAAAGAAUAUCGUCUACAAAAACAUGUUUAACAACUUGGAACAGGAGGAUUUGAAGUCCGAUGCAGAUCGCCAUCUUGAGUUGGCCCUCAAGCGAAUCAAGGAGCGGCGUCAGCAGGAGACAAUGUAUUUCAAUAUUUACAGCCGCAUCGAGGUGCACGAGUGGCUGCUGAAGGAUCCUGUACGAGUUACGGCAUUUCGCGACGCUAUCCUUUACAACGAUUCCUUCAAGAACAAGACUGUCUUGGACGUGGGUUGCGGCAUGGGCAUCCUUUCGAUUUUUGCCGCCAAGGCGGGGGCCAAAAAGGUCCUGGCUGUGGAUGCGGCCAGCAUCACGGACUAUGCCCAUCGUAUAGUCCACGAUAAUGGAUUCGGCAAUGUUAUAACUGUGAUAAGGGGAAAAGUGGAGGACAUUGAACUGCCCGCUGACAUCGAUAAGGUGGACAUUAUUCUAUGCGAUUGGAUGGGUUCCUGCCUGUUUUCCGAGAAUAUGCUGGACUCGCUGAUUUUUGCGCGGGACAAGUGGCUCUCCGCCGGAGGGCACAUCUUUCCGGACUCGGCGCAGCUCUAUGUGGCGGCCAUCCAGGGGCAGGACCAGGAUCUCGGCUUCUGGCACGACGUGCACGGCUUCGACCUGUCGGCCAUCCGGCGCAGGUGCGAGUCGCUGGCGGUGAUGGAGCGCGUGACCGGCUGCCAAAUGAUGAGCCAGGCGUGCCUGGUCAAGUCGCUGGACCUUUACAAGGAGCAGCGCCAGUCCGCCGACUUUCGAUCCUUCUACGAGCUGAAGGUCACCCGGAACGGCUGGGUUCACGCCCUGGUGGCCUACUUCGAUGUGGGAUUUAGCAAAACUCCGCAAGGGAUCGGCUUCAGCACGUCGCCCUGUGCCCCGUGGACCCACUGGAUCCAGACGGUCUUCUAUCUGGAGACCCCGCUCCCCGUGAAGGCGGGGGAGGUAAUCAAGGGCGUGUUCGGCCUGAAAGCCAGCAAGGAUAGCAUCUUCGACCUGGAGGUCGACAUCUUUGUGGACUUCGAGGGCAGCCAGAAGUCGGUCACCAGCCAGCAGGCCUUCGUGCUCUCCAGCUCCCUGGCAGUGGAUGGGGUCUAGGAAUGGGGAGGAGGAAUACGCCAUACAAAAUAUCAUCCGAUCACAAUAAAAUGAACGACCAGUAAAAUAAAGCAAAAGCCAGCCACAUUGCCUGUGUGCAAUAUCUAUAUGAUUUUAUUGUGUGUAGGCAUACACAAAAACAUCUCUAUGCUAGCAUUCAGUCGAAAACAUGUGCAAAGGAUUCAACUUGGGCUCACCCUGAAUACAGAAAAAUAUCGUGUUCCUUAGAUAUAUUAGUUACAAUAAUAUUAAUAAAAUGAAAUAUUACGGCACCUAAAAA